GCGGGCUCCGACUUCAUACAGCAAUCGAGUGAGCGCGCUGCUCUUGGAGCCCGAGGGCGCUGCUAACUACGAAGUACCGCCGCCGUGCCCGUCCCGGCGUGGGCACCCUGUCCCGCACAGGAGACGCUGGCAUCGGGCCUGAAGCCGACUGCAUGGAACCCUUCUUUCUGGCUCCCACAGCCAGCUGGAAUGCCUCAGCUGCUUCCAGUGGUAACCAUAACUGGUCACUGGUGGGCCCAGUACCUUCCAUGGGAGCCCGGGCUGUAUUAGUGCCUGUGCUCUACUUGCUGGUGUGCACCGUGGGCCUGGGUGGAAAUACACUUGUCAUCUAUGUGGUACUGCGGCACGCCAAGAUGAAGACAGUCACUAAUGUGUACAUCCUGAACCUGGCUGUGGCUGACGUGUUGUUUAUGUUGGGGCUUCCCUUCCUGGCUACACAGAAUGCCGUCUCCUACUGGCCCUUCGGCUCCUUCCUGUGCCGCCUGGUUAUGACGCUGGAUGGCAUCAACCAGUUCACCAGUAUCUUCUGCCUGAUGGUCAUGAGCGUUGACCGCUACCUGGCUGUGGUGCACCCUCUCCGCUCGGCCCGGUGGCGCCGCCCACGAGUAGCCAAGCUGGCCAGUGCUGCUGUCUGGGUCUUCUCACUGCUCAUGUCUCUGCCGUUCUUGGUCUUCGCGGAUGUCCAGGAAGGCUGGGGUACCUGCAACCUGAGCUGGCCAGAGCCCGUGGGACUGUGGGGAGCAGCCUUCAUCACCUACACGUCUGUGCUGGGCUUCUUUGGGCCCCUGCUGGUCAUCUGCUUGUGCUACCUGCUCAUCGUGGUGAAGGUGAAGGCUGCAGGUGUGCGUGUGGGCUCCUCGCGGCGGAGGCGCUCAGAGCGCAAGGUGACCCGCAUGGUGGUGGUGGUGGUGCUGGUGUUUGUGGGAUGCUGGCUGCCUUUCUUCAUUGUCAACAUCGUCAACCUGGCCUUCACACUGCCCGAAGAACCCGUCUCUGCCGGCCUCUACUUUUUUGUGGUGGUCCUGUCUUACGCCAACAGCUGUGCCAACCCCCUACUCUACGGCUUUCUCUCUGAUAACUUCCGCCAGAGCUUCCGGAAGGUUCUGUGCCUACGUAGAGGAUACGGUAUGGAGGAUGGGGAUGCCAUAGUGCCACGGCCAGACAAGAGUGGGCGGCCACAGGCCACACUGCCCACACGCAGCUGUGAGGCCAACGGGCUCAUGCAGACCAGUAGGCUCUGAGUGUUCCAGGAGCACCCAGGUCCUGCCAGGUCUCUGUGAUGUUGUCUUCUGGGAUAGGAGAGUGCGCUGAGAGGCCCUCGGGAUGGCGGUGUGAAGACUGUGGCUAAGCCAUGGAUAGACACAGCACAGCUGGUGAUCUGGGGGUUGACUGAGCCAUCUCUCUCACCAAAAUGUUCUGCCAGGCCAGGGUUUGAGUGCUUGGACACCAUGUUAUGGACUUGGCAGGGAGAAGGAGCCGGCUUUUGCCCCUGAAAAUAUUCAGGCACCUUCUUCCCUUCUGUGGCACAAUUCUUGUCAGCCUCUCAGGCCACGAAGCAGUUUUCCAGGAGGGAGCCAGGAGGUGAUGCUCUUGUAAGCUGUAGGUGUGU